ACUACACUACAGUUCAUGAUCGCUCAGUCCCGAUAGGACUGUACCGCUAGAUUGAGAAUGCCCAGUGCAAAAACUCAGCGGAGAAUGUAGGACUGUAACGGACCUACUAUACAAGCCGUAUAUUUAUGCUGUAAUUUCUGUUCUCAGUUUUUUUGUGUUUGUGCAUUUAGGCUACUUUACUUUUAGUGGUAUCGAUACAAUUAUAAUAACGCACGGAUAUCCCGCUUGAGAUGCUGCAAUGUCCCUGGGAUUGGUCACACGCGUUAACUUUUGGUGGAUUAUCCUGGUAGUGUCUCUGACGAUAGAGACUUCCCGUGUGAGAUGUCACAGCUGUCAUGAAGUUAAAACAGCUUUCCAGCUGCGACAGAUUGGACCGCUGAAAUGGGUACCAGAAACACCUGGAACAGAUGUGGAUCUGCUGGUGUGCAAACACCAGGGCCCAUCCUGCUGCACCCGCAAGAUGGAGGAGAGCUACCAGGUGGCGGUACGGAGGGAGACGGUGCAGAACAUCCGCUCCUACAGCUUUGAGCUCAACUACCUGCUGCAAGGCCACGCCACAGCCUUCCAAGACACGUUCCAGUCCCUGAUGACGUUCUCCAUGACCCACAUCAGCUCCCUGUUUGAGAGCAGCUACGCCAGCCUGUCCCUGGACACUGGGCCGCUGGUGACGCGGCUCUUCUCCGAGCUCUCGCUGUACGUGCGCGGCGGCAACGUCUCGGUGGAGGCGUCCGUGCACCGCUUCUUCGACGACCUCUUCCCGCUGGUGUACGGGCGCCUGGUCAACCCCGGCGAGGAGGCGGUGGCGGGGGGGGGGCUGUCCGGCGAGCGCCUGGACUGCCUGCGCAUGACGCGGCAGGACGUCAACCCGUUCGGCGGGCACCCGCGGGCGCUGUCGCGCGAGCUUGGCGCGGCCCUGCGCGCGGGCCGGGCGCUGGCACAGGCGCUGGGCCUGGGCACGGAGCUGAUGAACGCCACGGACGCCGCCGUGCUUAGCCGCGACUGCUCGCGCGCGCUCGUCCGCAUGCAGUACUGCGCCCACUGCCGCGGGCUCACGCUCAUCAAGCCGUGCCCGGGCUACUGCCUGAACGUGCUGCGCGGCUGCCUGGCCAGCCUCACCGAGCUCAACGCGCCCUGGCGCCGCCACGUGGCGCUGCUCGAGGACCUGACCCAAGCCGUGGCCGGACAGCACAGCCUGGAGCUCGCCCUGCUCGGGGUGGAGGGACAGGUCAACGACGCCAUCCUCUACGCACAGCUGAACGGUCCCAGGCUCGCCGCCACGGUGGAUAAAGUGUGUGGCCCAUCCACAGCGGAGGCACCCAGCUCACACACUCCAACGGAGGGACGCUGGUCCGUGUCCACGGCAACGGCCACGUUCACAGCCACAGCCCCCUCAGCUUCAACGCCUUUCUCGGAGGGUCCAGAUGUUGAGCUUCGGGGAAGGCUCGCCCACUUGAGAAGCUCUCUCCCCCUGAAACCUUCCAAGAGUGAUAAACCUAAAAGUCUGAAAAAGAUAUCUAGGGAGUUUGUGGGCUACAUCCCGCGUUAUAAGACCUUCUUCGGGGCGCUGCCGGAGAUGCUGUGUGAGGGCGAGAUGGGCAUGGAGUUCACCUGCUGGAGCGGAGACGAGGUGGUGGAGAGUUACACUAAGAAGGUGGUGGGGAACGGAGUGCACGCUCAGAGGCAGAAUCCGGAGCUGAAGGUGCGGGGAGCCGACCCUGCCCUGAUGGAGGUCAAAGACAAACUGGAGCAGUUCAGCCAGGAGAUCCAGGAGAGCAUGCCAGGGCUGGGGCAUCGAGAGGCCUGGGUGGAGACGGGCAGCGGCGUCGUGGAGGGCAGUGCCGAGUGUGACGAUGAAGAUGGAUGCCAGGGGUCUGGCACAGGCCAUCGGGAGAGCCCUGAUGUGACCGGCCGCGUGGUCGUCCAGGGCAGCUCCCCGGAGGUGUCCUCCCCCAAGCGUCCCCCAGUGGUGCGGGUCACAGGAGCCGGCCCCCCUCCUCCUCUGCCUGGCACUCUGCUCAUGCUGCUCCUGCUGCUUCUACUGGUGUCUCAGUGGACCGUGCUCUAACUCUAACACACACACACACACACGUACAAAUACACGCAUAUAGCCAACCCCCCCCCCCCCCACACACACACACACACACACACACACACACACACAUAGCUUAUACUCCUACACACACAUGCACACAAUAUUUCUCUCUCAUACACACGCAAACACACUCUCACCUCUCGGCAUCUCCUCUGAGGUGGAGUGAGAUGUUGGGGGGUGAGAUUCCGCAGGUGGUGGACUGGACUGAGAUAGGAGGCCGCAGCAUUGAGCGUGGAGUUGUGUUUUAUUUUGUUGUUUUUUUUUUCUCCACAUGUGUUUGUUUUUGUCAGUGCUUUGGCAAUGUAUGUGUGUGUGUGUGCGCGCACAGCGUGCUCGGGCGGGUACUUACUUAACCUGCUGCUUAACCUGGCCUGCUCCUGGUUGGCUUGUGACCGGCGGCCAUAUUUUUUCUUGGGGGUUGAGGCAGCUCCUUCUCUCUCUCUCUCUCUCUCUCUCUCUCUCUCUCUCUCUCUCUCUCUCUUUCUCUCUCUCUGCUUUAAGCACUACGCAUAGCACUCUCUCCUGAUCCUCCGCCCUGGUGAGAAAAAGACAAACUGUCAGGGCAUGGACUGUUCUAUCCCCUCACCCCAACUACACAAACAAAUGGGCUGCCUCUGCUCCACACACACACACACACACACACACACACACACACACACACAUACACACAUGCAUACAUACACAGAGACAUUCAUUUUCAGAUAUGCACACGCACACACAUAGAUCCACAUAGAACCCUACACACUCUUACUUUGCCUACAGUUUGCCUCCCCAAGCAUUGAAAAACUGUCAGUUGUUUUUGACGUCGGCAUUACUUUUUUAUUUACUCUGUCUGUGUCCUGCUCCCGUUUUAAGGCCAAGAUCUUUGCACUGUCCUUUUGAAGUGUCAGCAGAAGUGACCGUCAGAAGUUAACUCUAUGCAUUCGAGCUCAUUUCAUUUGCUCUGCCCGCAAGAUAAUGGAACGCAUGAUAAAUGUGUUAAAUAAUCACUCAUCAUCAGUUCUGGAAAUGGGAGGUUAUCUGGCCCAGUCCCCGCAGUGGCUGUGCAUGCUUAUUCAGCAGCUGAAUGUUAUCACUACUUCAUGAUGAGAAAGAUUGUGCACGCACACACAUACACUCUCUCACAACACAGCCUGGAGGGAUUGUCAGUAGACCUAAUAUCACGGUGAAUUAUCAUUUUCACAGUUUCUCAGAAUUGCACACACACACACACACACACACACACACACAAAGCCUUGCUCCUGUACGUUCAGACACACUCCUGCAUGGUUGUUUGCCAUGCUUUUAAACCUGAAACCUAAAGCUAUCUUCUGUACCCCAGCAAUGAAACCCUGUACCGUUCCUGCACCCCCUGAAGUAAGACGUGAACUUUAUCACCACUCUUUGACUGGAUGAAGCUGAACGUUGAGAUAUUGCACUAAACAACAUGAGUCACACACAUCCUCCAUGAUUAAACAAGACACUAAUAAAAAAAAGCUACUUACAGAAAAUGAAAUUCCAAGAAGUUUAAAAAUUGAAUAUUAAUAAUUAUGUGCAUUUAAUUACUAACAUUUUACUAAGUACGAGUCAGCAGUUUUUGUUUCAGGCCCACAGGUUAAUACCCCUUUUCUCUCACCACACAGCAUUUGACGAGUAAGGUCUCUAAUAUCAGAUUAGAAUGUUGCUAACUGAAGCUUCCGUUUGAUGUUUUAAUGAACUCAAGCGACCGUUCUGAAUGGCAGCCAUAAGCGUAAAUUCUAGAUCUGUGCGGUAUAAUUCUGGAAGGACUUCCAAAGAAAAUCUCACUCCAUUAAAGGGUGACAGAUAGACUGUAGCAGACUGUGUAGUGGACUUGGCCCAGAUUUGCCUCAGAUCUGGGCCACAUGUGGUCCGCAGUCAGGUGCUGCCUGGGGUGUCUCAUCUCUUCAGCCAGUGUGAACAACCACAACAACAACAAUGCAAACAACAAGUUGCAUCGGCCAGUCUAUCAACAUAUUCCUUAUCACAAGAACCAGGACUUUAGGGUUUCAUGUCAUUCUCUAAGAAUAUGCAACAGUUUUUUUGCUUUGUUGUUUUUCAUUUUUAUUCUUGUUUCUAGAGGAUAACUACUCCGUUUUCACAUGAGGUUCACCCUUUCCUCUUGCUAGAAAGGCAAAUCCACACCCAGUUAAAAUGAAAGCAUUUAAAUCAUUUUGGUGUGGUUGACACCGUCCUCUCAUCCUCUCACAGAGCUUCUGUGGUGUGUGUCGCAACUGAGGAGUAGCAUAGCUGUGGAUGCACAACAAUACAUCUACAUACUUUACAUUUCUGCAGACUCUCUUUCAAUGCUGCCAUAUCAUAUUUCAUGCCUUAUACAUUCAUUACAAUAGAGCUUCUGCCUUAUCUAUCAGAAUGGAUACAUAUUCUUAUUUACAUACCAUGUGUUCGUCAUAAAGAAUCAAUUAAUCGGCUGUUAAGGGUCUCACAACAAUGUUAAUUCAGAAAAGUGUACAUGGUACAGUAUUUUUUCACCAGCUGUUGUAUGUAUUUUUAUAAUGCAGUGUGUCGUGUGAAUAUCCAUGUCUUGAGUGUAUAUCUGUGUGAUCUCCGUUGAGGUGAAUGUCUGUGUGGGAUGGUGGAGGUGAUCAGGUGGUGGGGGGUGGUGGUAUUGAUGGCGACGGCAACGGAGACAGCGUUGGCUUUGUACAGUUCCCCCAUGUCUGUAAGGAACUGGUUGAAUGUAAGCAUCCAUGUGUAUAUAAGCCUUUUGGUUUUCUCUCGGCGUCUGAUACACCAGACAGACACGGUGUGAUCUGCUAAAAGGGCUUUGUACCUGGAGACUGUAAUCCCUCAAGUCUUUGCUCUACGCAGUGUCAGUGAGGUGGCAAACUGGCCUCAGCUCUUUCAGGCGUGCUACUUGCCACUGGCCGCGAUCAGCGAACAAGGCCAUGCAGAACGCUCCAUCCAACUCCAUCUCUCGUUGUUGUCCUUAACUCGCAUUGAAUGCACAAAGAACACUUAUUAUAGCAUGUGUAAAAAUGUAUAUAUUUUAAGUCACUCACUGUUCGUUAUAUGUUUUUGUUGUUGUUUUUUUUUUUGUUGGUUUGUUUUUUUUUUGCUUUCUUUUAUAUUGUAAAAGGUGAAGUGUGAGAGUAGAUGACCUGGAGGUAAGGCUUUUUCACGGGUUGCUGUUUGUUUUUUGCCACCUUCAAAUUCUAUUAGUAGAGCUUGACCCUCUUCAUACUUUAAUUUAGUGAGAUCCCUAUGAGAAUUUUCCACGCAGUAUAAAAGGCCACCAUCCUAAUUCUGAGGAAAGGGAGAACAGGCUCAUGUUCAAAACAAUUUGUUCUGAGAAGGGUGCUGUCACUUGCGAGUUGUUGUCGGGUUGGCAAAAGGAGUCUUAGCCAGAGACCGCAGGGUGUUAAGAGGAAGUUUGCGAGACAGAAUCAUUCUCUCUCUCUCUCACACACACACACACUCUCUCUCUCUCUCUCACACACACUCUCUUUCACUCUGUCUGUGUCUUAGUGUUUUCACCUCAGCCAUGAAAUCAGAUGACUGACAACCUGCUCAGGUUUUCCACCGCCAACUGUCAUCUUGAAUUACACAAAAUGCGCAAUUAGCUGUGAGGCUUAAAGUCAGUGUUUUAAUUAAAAAUGAUGAGGUACUGGAGGGGAGGCGAGAGUCAGUCGAAGCUCCUCACCUUCAUUGCCCACACACACACACACACCUCUCUCCUCCUCUCACCUGGUGGUGGAUUUUGCAAUUGUUGAAACUCGUUUGGUUUGUGUAACAACUCACGCAUGGAACAUUGGUGUGUCACAAAUGUCACCCCCCCCCCCCCCCCCCCCCCCCCUUAGGAUCUGACAGCCCUCCCAUGGGGUCGAUUGAUUGGGUAUUGAGAUGAGAGAGAGAAGGGAGGGUGAGCCAGAUCAGUCACUGUGUGAGUCACAGCCCCCUUCACACACACACACCCCAUGCUGAUAGAUGAGGACACUUACUGAGAAACAUCCUCCUUGACCUCUAGUGACAUAAGGUGUGAGGAUAAGUUUGGGAUAGUCAGGACAGGUUGUCAACCCCCCUUCUCUCUCUUUCUCUCUCUCUCUCUCUUUCUCUCUUUCUUUCUCUUGCUCUCUGGCUCCAAGAUUCCGUCAUUAGUUAGAAUCUUUUUCCGGUGUUAGGCUAAAGACAACUCUGGCUGGUGUUUGAUGGUUUGUGCACCCAUCGAGUCUUGAUCAUCCCUUUCUGUUUAUAGGGUACAGUGACUCAUCGUGUGGUAAGACAGGUACAUGCCAGAGCAUUCCACCCUGUACCCCCACCCUCUGCUCCCACCUAAUCAGAUAUCAGUGGAAGCAACAAGCGGCCAUUAAAAAGCCUUACCCCAGCUGAAGCGUUUGCAAUGUGGACGGUUUGCAAUAGGUUUGGACCCAAGCUGUAUUGGCAAGACAUUAUUUCUAGACAUAAUGGAUAUUUCAAAUAAAUCUAUAAAGUUA